AUGCUGAAUCGCUUCUCGAGCGCCGUUCAGACAGCCGUGUCCGGUGCGGCAUCGGUUGCCGUCUCAGGUGCACAAAAUCUUCAAGGCAUAUUGAGUGAGGAAUAUCUGAAACAUUACGAGACACCAAAAGACUGUACGGCAUCGGGUGGUCACGAGCUAUCAUGGAAGAUCUUCCCUGCUGUGCAUCGCAAGACUAAUCAUGAUUACAGUGUAUUUCUUUUCGACAAAGACGAUCUUAAGCGAAUUAAAAAUAAAGAUGUACAGGAUCGUGUGCUCGAAAUUUUGCGCCAGGAGAUGAAGACUUUGCGUCUACUACGCCAUCCGCAUGUGCUGAAGGUCGAAGAGGUCUUUGAAGAGAGCCGCCGCUCCCUGUGCUUUGUUACAGAACGCAUCACUUGUUCACUAGCCAAUGCCUGCAAGAAUUUUACAAAUAUUACCAAUGUUACGCCUGAGGUAUUAGAGAUCGGUCUAUCAGAGUUCGAGCUUGCCUGCGGAUUGAUGCACGUGGGAGAGGCCCUCAGCUUUCUCCAUCGGGAGGGACGGCGCGUGCAUCUCAGUCUCGGCCCAAGUAGUAUCUUUAUUACACCCAAGGGCGAGUGGAAGCUUGGUGGUAUGGGCUUUUGUAGAGUAGUAGAGCCUGGACAAACUUCGCGCAGCGAAUACUACAGCAUUGACGCCUCGACAGGGGUACGAAAUCCAGCCACAGGAGCAAUUGAAGGAAGCUCGGAGCCUCCGCUUCAAUAUUGUGCUCCAGAACUGGUGACAGAACCGCGUCAAUUUGAUAGUAAGGCGGAUAUGUUCUCGCUUGGUCUACUAAUCUACGAAUUAUUUGUCCCACCCCGUGCGGAUGGCGGACGCAAUCCGGUAUUAGAUGUGCAUGAUGGAAACAAAAUGACUCAUGGCUACAAGGUGCAGUCCCUCCACCCGAUUGCAUUUCCAAGAUCGAUACCAACUGCGUUGCAAAAUACUAUUCGCUCGUUGCUCUCCCUGGAACCUGCUAAACGCUUAGAGGCACGCACUUUUCUUGCAUCGCCUUUUUUCGAUUCCGGUCCAAUUAAGACGCUUCGUUCACUACAAAGUCUAGUAGAGCAGGAACCGGCCGCACAGGCGAAGUUUUUGACGACCUUGCCCGAUGCUAUCGAUGGCUUUUCGCCGCGUGUGUUGCGUGAUAUGGUCCUUCCAGGUCUCCAGUCAGUUGUGAUAAACAAGGCCGUAGCUCCAUUUGUGAUCACACCGCUACUUAAGAUUGUGGCAAAGGUAGACAAGCAAACAUUUUCGUAUUCUAUCGCAGCGAUGAUGGUUCCUCUGCUUGCCAUUAAAGAGCCCGUGCAAUGUAUGCUUAUGUUCGUUUCAGAGCUCGAGACUCUUAUUCCAAAAGCUGAAGAGGGAUACAUUCGAGAUCACGUUGUACCGAUGCUGUGCCGUGCAUUGGAUAGUACCGUACCCGAAAUUCUUGACACAGUACUCAACAAAAUUGUAGAUCAGGCCAGUCUAUUCGAGUACCGCAUUUUGAAGCAAGUGAUUUUGCCGCGAGUAAACAAGCUUAUACUCACACCCCCUCAACCAUCUGUGAGAAUCAAUGCACUGCUCUGGCUGGCAAAAUCAUUUCACGUGUUCGAUAAGGAUCUACUGAUUGAAAGUGUACUACCUACUCUUCAACAGACCCUGCAUGAAGACAAGACGCCUGCCGCGUGCAUGUGCAUUCUUGGUUGCUACGAUAAUCUCGGCAAGCAUCUCGGUCCAGAGUUCAUAGCAAAAUUAAUUAUUCCCGCAGUUGCCCCUCUACUAUGGGAGCAAACUUUAACAAACUCGCAAUUUGACUUAGUGUGCGAAAAAAUGCAAGAUAUGCUUAAAGCAGUGAUAAGCGAUCGUGACAAAUCAUUCACUUCACAGAGUUCGGUGGGCACAGUAACGACUGGAAUCACAGCUGCUUCGGGAUUGUCGAACGUCGUUCGCGCGGCAGAGGUGUCGAAGGAACGUGAGUCGGGUGUGGCUGCCGCAAACAAAUUGUUGUCAGAAGAUUAUGUUCCGAAAAAAAAACAGGAUCCCAAAGCAUCUCAAAAUCAGAGACCCGACCGAUACUCGGAUGACCCAUAUCAUUUAGGAAGCUCGUCUAGCAGCACUAUGCAAGGAAAUAGAACAGAACGACGCGACUCGGGUAGUCGUCGCGAGUCUGCAUCUGAGCGUGCAGAAUCCUUCUCCGCACGUCGCCGAGCAGGCAAGAAAGGAAAUGUGAAAUCCAGUCGUCGAGUAGGCAAAACAGAUGAUGGAAAUGCGGAUAUACUUGGCCUGAACGCUGGCACGACUAAGUCUUCCCCGACAUCACAGGAUUUCCCUAAUACAGGAGACUUGCUAACUGUCAUGCCACCUGCUGCUCCAGCUAUGAAUUAUACUGGUGGCAAUGGCUUGUUCAAUGGAUCGGGCAUUGGUUCAAACGGGCAAACACAAUCUGGGGACUUUCGUCAUAGCCAGCAAACAAUAGGAAUGCAAGUGAAUUCGUUAAAUCAGCAACAAGGAAUGGUGCCAUAUGGCCAGAACUUGGGCAUCGGAAUAAACAACCAGCAGCAGUACAAUCCAAACAUGAUGCAAAUGACGCCUUAUGGACUGCAACAACAAGCGCCUAUCAAUGAUAGUUAUGCUCAACCCAGUAUGGGACUUGCUGGUCCCGGCCAGAUGCUACAGAUCCAGGCACCAUACGCCCCCCAGCAAAGCAGAGAUAAGUUUAGCGCAUUUGAUGGGCUGUAG